GGGGCCUGGGGCGCCAUGACCAACGGUGGGAACGGGGAGCUGGGGGGUCAAGGGCUACCGAGGGGGGCCUGGAGGGAGCCCGGCUCCGGCAUGACCAGUGUUUACUCCCUGGACGGGCUCCUGGUGUUCGGGCUGCUCCUGGUUUGUACUUGCGCGUACCUGCGGAAGGUGCCCCGGCUGCGUACCUGGCUCCUGUCUGAGCGCAGGGGUGUCUGGGGAGUCUGCCACAAGGCUGCUGUAAUCGGGACCCGUCUGCACGUGGCUGUGUCUGUGUCCUGUCUCCUCAUGGCCUUCUACGUCCUUGUGGGGAAGUGACCACAUGGGGACCCUCCAUUAACCUGAGAGAAACCCUGGGACUGACUAGAGAUCCUGCAGCUGAUUCUAGAGACCCUAGUAUGGUACUGAUCCCUGUGUCCCAGUACCAACCAGAGACCCCAGUGCUGGAGACCCUGGUACUGACCCUGAACACCUUCCCCCAGUCCUGUCCCUGGCAGCAGCCUGGAUCUUGCUUGUGACAACCCGGGCACUGUCAUGUCCCAUUACCCUCCCUGACACCACCGAAGGCAACUGUUGGGGCCACCAGGGCACCUUUAGACUGUUGGAAAAGGAUUUCCUGUGAACCCGCGGCUGGGGGACCCAGUUGGGCCCCAUGAGCCCCUUCUCUUCACGCUGAGCAGGGUCCUGGUGGGAUCAUGGCAGGCUGUGGAGACUGGGCAGGGUCCCCCCUCAUCAGUGGGAUCUUCCCACACUCCUGGAGCGUGGGGACCCUUGGAAGGGAAUCCCCCUGCAGUGAGGGGUUGUGACACCCCCUGGGUUGUAAAUACUGGACCACCACAUGGAAAUAAAGUGGGGGUUCCCCUGUGGCAGCACUGGCCUGAGGAUCCUGUGGGGU